GAUGAAAUUUGUUUCCUAUCCAACAAAAAAAAAAGAACUAGGAGUGCUUUUUAUGUUUCAGUAAUCACUUAUUUUUCUUGUUCAACUGAUGAGGUACUCUUAUUGGCAUGUUGCUGCACCAAAAUGGGUGAGUCAAUGAUGGUUUCUUUAUUACUAUUCUGACCUAUUAAGUUUUUAUUUUGAAGAAGAAACAACUUUUACUGAUAUAUGAAAAAGAAAAUUGUUCAGGAUACAAGGAGUGAAAGAAAAAGAGAAAACAAAAGUCGAAAAUGACUAUGCUAUCGGUUGUAAAAGUCAACAGAACAACAGGACUCUUGAAUGGAUUCUGAUGCUGUAUCUGAAGCAAGCACAUCUGUCAUUUGUGAUAACGUUAGUGACAGUAUCACACGGGCAUCCUUUAGUAGUGAUGUGGCAAAUGGCAGUGAAGUAAUAACCAGGUUGGAAUUGGAUUUGGCACGGGUCUCGGAAAAGUUGGUUAACUUGAGUGUUUUCAUGAUGCAUAUUGCUACACGGGAGAGUGAGCUUGAAGCUUCUGCUUCAGAGAAUGAUCAUAUGUUUGCCGGUUCUGUCGAAAAAGCUCUGGAAAUUGACCUCCUGGCUGGAUUCUUAGAUUCAGAGGUGGAUGGGGUGGACAGUUUCUUGGCUAGGAUACAAAAUGAUCUUUUUCAUGCUCACGAGCUGAUACCUUUCUUCAAACACUCCGAAGAAACUUCCAUGUAUUUAGAAGAAAAGCUGAAAGAUUCUGAAGAGUAUUUAAGGCAAUCACAUGAUCAGAUCUCUGAAAUUAGAACGCAGUCAGCAAAGUUGCAGAAGAGCUUGUGCUGUUAUAAUAGAAAUGGUGAUAGGGGUACAGACUUGCAAGAGAAUAAUCAAUUGCUGGACAGGAAUCCCAUAAUAGACAUGCGAACAGUUGAACAUCAGAUACACAUUCUGAGGAUGCUGGAGAAAUCUUUGGCGAGAGAGAUGGAUCUUGAAAAGAGACUGACUGAAACAAUUCAAAUUGAUGAUGAACUGAAACUGAGGCUGCAUUCUUCACAACAAGAUGUUUAUUCUUUGGAGGAAGAAGUAGAAGAUGUUUGUGGGAGGUGUUUUGAGGCAGAAAAUGCAUCAGAGGUUCUCACUGGUGUUUCGAAAGGAUUACUUGGUCGGCUCCAGCUUCUUCAGUUCAGUAUAAAUGGUUCAGCGCAGAGAGAGGCUGAGUUGAGAUUAAAAUUUGAUGGUUCUAUGAAACAGUUGAAAGCUAAAGAAAGCGAAUUACUUAAUUGUAAGAACAACAUUGCGGAACUGAAAAAGACUCUAAAUUUGCAAACUGAUGAAUUAAAAUCCAAAUUGAAGGAAGCUGAAGAAAAGUUGAUGGUUUCCAAUCUUGAGACUGUCACUUUGAAGGAGAAGGUGAGUUCACUUGAGAAACAACUCAAGGAAUCUGAGGAAAUUGAAGCUCUUAAAAGACGGUUGAGGGAAUCAGAUAUGAAACUUCAGCGGGCUGUGGCUUCUGCUGAAGCUAGUCAAGAGAAGCAAACCAUGCUCUAUGCUGCAAUCAAUGACAUGGAAAAUUUGAUCAGGGAUCUGAAGUUGAAGGUUGUGAAAGCAGACAGUAGAGCUGACCGUGCAGAGGAGAAUUGCAUCUUAUUAACUGAAUCUUAUGCAGAAGUUAAUGAGGAAUUGAGGCUUGUGCGUGGUAGACUGGAUUUCUUGGAGACAUCUUUGCAACAGGCCGAGUCUAGAAAGAAGGCUUCAGCAAAGAAUAUUGACGUGCGCACUAAAGUUAUAACAAACUUGGUUAUGCAAGUGGCUAUUGAGAGAGAUCGUCUUCAUAAGCAGAUUUCUUCUUUGGCAAUGGAAAACAAAAUAUUGGCAGCAAAGUUAAAGCAAGCAAAUCAGGAUUCUGUAGUUACAGAUCACUGCAACACAGUUAGAACAAAAGAAAUUGCACCCGAGCAAGAUUCUACUGCUGCUGCUACUACUACUACUACCUGUGCAAGAGAAAUUCAGGUAGAUGAUACCCAGUUGUCUGCUGCAGGCCCUGAGGCUGAAAAAACUCAGGAUGAUGGCUCUGUUGGUGGGACUACGACUAAUCCUGCUGCUACUGACCCUGAUUUAGAGACCAUGAGAAGAAUCGAUAUAGCUGUUUUGAGCUCGAAGCAUGUAUUCAUAUUACUGUCUACCCUAAUCAUAAUUGCUGCAGUUUACUUGUCUAAACUUCAAGACUAGAAAAUUUACACAACACAUAAACAGCCUCAUUGGCUAAGAAUAGGGUGAUUACAAUCUGAAUCCUGAAGCUCCACAGAGAUCAUUAGCAUGGAGAUUCUCCAAAAUCUGGUGGCCAUAUACAACUUUGCAGCGUCCUCAGAUGAACAAGUCGAGAAUUUUCUCUUUCGUUCACAGCUGAUACAAAGACGAAAACGAAACGAGGAUGAGGAAAUGUGCUCUUAGGCUAACUAUAUGUUUACUUCUAUGGGUUGAUGACUAAAAAGGGGAGAAAAGAUUUGUUGUAGGUUUGAUAGAUAUUCUAGUUUUGAUCCCACCCAUUUGUAUUUCCUUUUACACCACUUUUCUUUGGAAACCAACCUUAUGUUCAUUACAAUGACAGCUUUUUGACUUUCUACUGCA